AUGUCAAGCCAGGCCAGCUGGAACUCGUUUACCGGCAUCCUCACAUUCCUCUUUGAGGGGAGUCUGAGUGCCAUUGCCGUUGCGAUCCUGAUUACUUUCGGCGUUCCGGUUCUGCUGCAUAUCAUCUUCUUCCGGAGCGUAGUGUCCCCGCCGUCUAGCAACUUCCUCUUGCUGGGACCUAGCGGAGCUGGCAAGACAGCUUUCACCACUCUACUCGAGGCUAAAUCUUCGCCGGCCUCUAAAACGUCGCACUCGACCCAUACAUCGCAAACGUCGACACUUGUCUCUGUCAGCCUACCGCCAACUGUACCGACAGCUUCAAACCGCUUUAGAUCCGUUAACGAUCCAUCCCUGAAGGAGGCUGCGCGGAACCCGAUCAGAUACCGCCUGCGGGACACUCCCGGCCAUGGCAAACUCCGCGUGUCCCAGGGACUCUCGGAGCUGCAGUCGAUGUCUCAAUCCAAGGAUGUCAAGAUGAAGCUCCGUGGUGUGCUGUUCAUGGUUGACACGGCCGCAUUGGUGGACGAGACUACGCUCCGCGACGCUGCGACUUACCUGCAUGAUGUCCUCCUGGUCCUUCAGAAACGCGCUCUCGGCAAGGGCAAGUCGUCCACCAAGAGAGAUACCGAGAUUCCUGUCUUAGUCGCCGGUAACAAGCAAGAUCUGUUUACUGCUCUGCCUCCCGGAUCUGUGCGGGAGAAGCUGGAGGCCGAGAUUGAUCGUAUUCGGAAGUCCAAGACGAAGGGACUGAUGGAUGCGAGCAUGGACUCGGAAGUGGACGGCGAAGAGGAGGUUUUGGGUGACGAUGAUGCGCAGGGUGUCUUCAGCUUCAAGUUGCUUGAAGAGGUCGGCAUCAAGGUUGAUGUUAUUGGUGGCGCCGUGAAGGGCGAUCAAGAAGAAGAGAUCGGUUCCGGUGUGCGUCGCUGGGAGGAGUGGAUCGGCAUGUGCCUAUAA